GGAGAAAAUUUAUCAAGAAAAGAAAUCCGGGAACAAACCCGAGCCCAAGAAAAACAGCCCGAACCGGACGAAACCCAAUCACCUAUAAAAUUAUCCACCAGCGUUAUUUUGGCAGCCGAAGGCCAACCAACAACUAACCAACCCGCCUCCUAUACGGGAACCACUCAACCAGCAAUAGGCGAAGCGUCGGGAACUUCUAAUACUAACGAACCAAAACAAACUCCCAACCCCGAAAAAUUUUCCACAACCUCCUCUCAAUCCCAAAAAAUUAAAUGCGUGAUUUCUUCUUGUUUCUGUUUGGUGGCUAAUUCCGGAGAUGAUUAUUGCGAGCAACACAAAAAUUUAGCAGCCCAAAUUCCGCAUUACGAACUCGCAAAAGCCGGAGCCAGUUUUGACCCCACGAAAAACAUUUUUACUUCUCCAACUCCCCAAUAUGUAAUCAUUAAUGAGCCAACCUCAGCCGAAAAGCAAGCCCGGCGAGACGAACGCAGCCAAAAAGCCUGGAAAAUUUCCCAGGAAGAACCAAAGAUAACAAAGAGAAAAACAAACACAGAUUAUACCCAAGAACCUCAAAAUUUACCUCCUAAGCCAACCACAAAAAAAAAAACCGAACCAAAAAUUAACCAAAUUCCCAAGCAAAAAAAAACCUUCUUGGAAAAAACCAAAAGCUUUUUCGUUAACGAAACCACCGCCAAAGUAGCCAAUGCUGGUGGUUUAUAUGCGGGAGUGGCCUGUGUGGUUGGUUUCUUUAAAAUAAAAGGAGCCAUUGCUUUGGGAACUGUCGGAAUAAAAGCCACCCACGAUAGCCGUACCCAAGAACAAGUGGAAAAUCUCCAAAAUUUCGCCCGAGAAAAAAGCCAAGUGGUCCGGGAAGUAGUAGAAAAUAAUUACGCGGGAACUGCCGCCGCUCUUACUCCCGGUAAAGAAUAUAUUAGAUUAUCAUUUGCCAUUUUUCGAGCCAAAAAAGCCGGAAAGGAUAUCAGUGAAUUAUUAGCCCAAAGGCAAAAGUUAAUCAGCCAAAGACCAACCGCUAAAUCUCGUGAGGAAAUUAAUCGUGAUUAUUACCAAAAGAACCGGGAAAAUUUACGAGAGGAAGUUCGGAGGAAAAAGCAGGAAAAGCAGGAGCAGGAGCAAGAAAGACGAGAACGAGAAAUAAACGAACUUGCUACUAAAUUUUACCAAGCCAAUAGCAUUAAAGUUUUAGCGAGUUUUAAAGAAUAUACCGAAUUAAAAAAGGCCCGGGAAAAAUUUCACCAAGAACAGGCAAUUGAGUUAGCCAAAUUUCACGAGGAACGAGGUAAAAAAGAAAAAUCAAAGCCGGAAGAAAGAGAAGAAGUAGAAAGCGAUUGCGGUAAUUGUGGCGAGUAUAAAAAAGUUAGCGUGGAUAGUGUAAAGAGAGUAAACAGUUCACACCUUAAAAACGAGAAAGACUUUACACCUAAAAUCGAACCGAAAAUUAACCAAGUUUUAGAACUAAUUCAGCAGGAAAAACGAGAAAGAAUUUUACUCCGUUAUGAAAUUAGCGAAAGUAUUAAAGAACUAAAAGAACA